AGAGGAAAAGAAAUGGAGACGGGCAGUGGUGGCCGGCGGCAUGCUGAGGUAGAAGAAGCUCCGGUGACCGGCAAAAUGGAGUGGGGAUGGCCGGAUCUACGCCAUGGUGGAGGGGAUUCGCGAAGAAAGAGCCUAGAAUUCAGAAAGAAAGAGGGGUUUGGCAGGCCUGGCCCAAAAAUUCCGGCCCAGCCUCGGUCGGCCAUCUCGACUCUCCACCCUGAGUCCGUGAUUCAUUCCAGCAGCAAACCAUGGCGUCGUCCAAGCUGCAGCUGCCGGCGGACGACAGCGUCCUGCUGCUCCUCACGCACUCCAACCUCUCCACCUUCGCCGCCGACAUCCGCAUCUCCCAACAGACCACCGUCGAGGCGCUCAAGGACAAGCUCUGGCGCAAGACCGGCACCGCCGUCGCCUCCAUGCGCCUUGAGCUCCGCGACGAUACCGGUGCCAAGAUCGCCGACCUCGAUGACGACUCCGCGCCCCUUGCAGCCUACGCCCCCUACAACGGGUACCGAAUCCAUGUCGUUGAUCUCGAUCCUUCCUCCGUGACCUCUGGUGGCUGGUUGGAAGACACUUCCCUAGUCGACAAGUACAAAAUAUCAGAUGAAGCAUAUGAUAAGCUCGGCACGAACUUUCGAAAAUUCAAAGAAAGGAUGGUCCCCAAAAACCCUACAUCAGAUGAUAAAGAACAAUCAGAAAAGCUUAUGGAGGAAUUGUGCUCCAAAAUCAAGGUGGGGGAUAGAUGUGAAGUUGAGCCAGGUGCCAAGAGGGGCACUGUAAAAUUUGUUGGCAGAGCUGAAGCUCUUGGGCGUGGAUUCUGGGUUGGAGUGCAGUAUGAUGAGCCACUUGGAAAGCACGAUGGCAUGGUGAAAGGCAUUCGCUUCUUCGAGUGCCCACAAGGAUAUGGGGCAAUUGUCAGGCCAGAGAAAGUAAAGGUUGGCGACUUCCCAGAGAGAGACCCAUUUGAAGAAGAGGAGAUAUAGGGUGUGCUUUUGUUGUAUUUGCAAAUGAUCCUCUGAUGUUCCUAUGCUUGAAGCUUACAUCGUUCUCCAGUGGUAGUGAAAUUCAUUUUGAGGAUGCUCUAGAGUUUGGUGUCCGCGUGUGUGCGCUGGUAUCUUGUUGGUCAGAUUAAGUAACUUGUUCAGUGCGUAGAUGGUUGCUGGGGAUCCAAACCAGAUGCUGCUGCGCUCUCUUGUCAGCGCCUUGAUAUUUCUUCUUCUUCACAUGAGAGUUGACAUAGAUAGGCGUUUGACUUUA